GGUGAUGCAGGCCUCUGUGUGUUGCAGGCAGAGAGAGCUGGACGGAAAUUCUUCUGGUUGUUUGAGAACACCAGUUCUAUGGACCGUUGUACCCGCUUGGCUAUGGUAAGGUCCUUUGGAGGUCUCCGCCCAGUUACCGUAUGCAGUUCAGAGUUUGUGCCCAUGAGGAGGCCCAGAUUUUUUGGGGGGAACCUGUCCAGCCUGACACUAGGUGGAAGACAAAAACAAUCAACCUCACUGAUUCUGCAAGACUUUCUAGAGCCCGGAAGGACUGCCCUUGUGAAAAAGUUGCAGACAAUAACAACGAAUCCUGCCUCUCAAAGGUGUGCUGAUGGUCGGCGCCCCGUCCGCCAAGCCAAUGGGAAGGAAUCGUACCUGAGACUCACUGAAUUGGAGGUCCUGUUUGGUUACUCCCGCUCCUGGACUGACACAGGAGACCUCAGCCUCUCUGCGAGGAGGCAACUUAUUGGUCGUUCCUUUUGUGUGCCUGUCAUUGCAUCACUGCUUGAAGAGCUGCAGAUCCUAUACAAAUAUUACCGUUGGCAAUGCCCGUCGUCCCGUCCCGUCCCCAAAGCUGCCACGUCACGUCAGUUGGGAGCGGUGGUGGAGGUGGAGAAGGAGACAGGUGACCCAGCGUGGAAUGGUCGUUGGCAACGUCAACGUCACCGCCGAGGGCAACGGAGCAACGAGUCCGCCCAUACAUCAAGGCUACGCCGCAUGCCCAGGAGGACUGGAGUGGAGAACUUGCUGUAUUUGUGCUAACAGACGGCCUCCGAACAUCCAUAAGCCGGGGAUGACUUGUUGUUAAUGUGCUAACCAACUGCCUCCGCCAUGAUUGCUAACAAACGGUCUCCAAACAACCAUAAGCCGGGGAUGAGUUCGCUGUCAUUGUGCUAACCAGCUGCCUCCGCCAUGUAUCCUUCUUGAACUUCAGCUUCAAGUCAGGAGAGGCAGUGAUCUCUCUGCAAAGUUAUUCGUGUACUGUUACGUUUUCUUAAAGGGCCAAGCUAACCACGCGCUUCGCCAAUUAUACUGCACAUUCUGUUA